AUGCAAGCAAUUACAAACGCUACGAAUCUCUCGAAUUGGACACUCAGUCUUGUUCUUGGAGCAGCAGCAGCUCUAAAGUGUGGUGCGCGUGAAGGCAUUCCUGGUGAACUUCCAAUCAGUGACACUCUACUUGGCGUGCUCCGUCAUCAAGUGAAGAAUGGUGUUUCUGGUGACAAUGUAUUCAUUGGCCGUGAUACCCGUUGGGCGCGGAUGAUGUUGAAGUCAUUUGAAACGCGAAAGAUGAAGUUCAGCUACUUGUUGAUUGAUGACAAGGCGAAACCAUGCCCUGAGUGCAAGGAACGUUGUCCGAUGGUGAUUGAUCCAAUGACAGUGGCUGCCGCUCAUAGCAAAGAGAAGGAAAAGGAUACCAAGGAUGUCGCUUCAGCUCUAGAAUCUGCACAACCCGUAUUACUGGAGGCUGUUCAGCUCCUUGAUGAGGUUUCAGCUAGCAUUGAUCCACCCCACAUACGACCCAACAUGUUUUAUUCUUUGGUGACCGACUAUGUGGAUUAUGAGGAGCGUGGCACCCUUUAUAAAGUGGUGCAUAAACCUGAGUGUAUUCCAAGAUUGACCGUUGACAAACGUGCGACCGAAUUCUUAUCCGACAAAUUAUCCAAACGACUUUCACCCAUGAGUAACCAUGCUGCUAUCCACUGGUGCAAAUCAAUUAUCGAUGACAUGUGCGAGCAAGUGAAUAGUUGCAGAGAGGCCAACGAAUGGGAUCGCCGUAUCAUCGAAAGAAUACAGGAUUUGAUGCUUUAUUCCUAUCCAAAGCUACAAGCCGAUGAGUACGCUAAUGAAGUCAUGGAUCGAAUUCAUUCUCGUUUGCCUGCCAUGUUGGAGCGUUUGGGUUUGGACACAUUUACUGGGCGAUUUGAUGAUAUCGAAGAAGAGGAUUAUACUAUUGCCGACAUCCCUACUUGCUUCAUUGUUUACUUUGGGAUCCAACGCGCCAUUGCCAUGAGCGAACGUAUUCACGACUACGAUGCACUCGUUUUUAUGGGAUACAAUAUCAACUUGGCCCAUGAGAUCAUUCGUGAUUUGACCGAAAUCCAAUCUCAAAACGCAGGUGGUUAUUCAAGUCGUCUUGUCGUUGAAAGUACAGCAUCGGGACGUGUUGUGGAUCGAAUCAAUGAAGCCAAUGCAGUGUUUGUACUUGUCGUCAUACUUGAUGCCGCGUUAUCUACUGGUAUUUCCAUCCUCAGUCGUGUUGGACCCGUUUUAAGCAUGUAUACGGCACGUCUAAUGACAGCUCCUUACCGCGAAAGUUGUAUGCAUAUGGGAACAAGUAUGCGAUGGUCGGCGUUACAGGUGUCGUUGAUGCAUUCAGGAACAGCACGUGACGAUUGGAUGGUGUGUAUCAAACCUGAUCCAUUUUGGCGCUACGCCCUUUUCUUCUUUGUCUCUUUGUCCCUUUUAGCGUUCAUCGGUCCAGUUAUCGUAUGGCCAUUCAUAAGCCAUACAUCCAUCGAACCCAUUGAAGAUUUUGGUCGUUUCAUUGCUAUUCUUAGCUCUGUGAUUGGUACCCUUUGGGUUUCCCUUGCCACGUCAUCCAAACUACCACAAAACUUGAACAACUAUAGCUUUAAUGCUUAUCUUUUGCACACCGUUUUUCAUCCAGAUACAAUCAUCAACUUUGUCCUUCUCACUGUGCUCUUUAUUCUAGUGUAUCUGGAUAUCACCAUCGAUUGGGUUUAUCUUUAUUUAUUGGAAGGCAUCUACUUUAUCCAGUGGCUGAUAGGAGAAUACACAGGGAAAUGGAUCUAUCAAAGUACAGCAUGGUUCAUGCUUGGUGCUCUUGGCGCUUUCCGUCUCAGCAAUGUCCCUGACGACAAUUAG